CUGGCCUCCUUGCCCGUUCCAUUCGUUUAUUUGCAAUAGCCUCAGCACUUCUUUGUUUGCUCCUGUCUCGUGUUCCUCUCGUGCCGGACCGCCGGCCACCCACUUUACCGCUAUUGGAAACCAGACUUCGAAUGUGUCAUAUUUUUCAUACAUUCGAUUUAAAGUUUUCCCCAAUAAUUUUAUGCCCUUUCUCCAGUUUCGUAAGGAUUCAAAUUCCGAGGGGGAGAAUGAGAAAUCUAGUUGUAAUUGUGGAGCGAGGCAAACUCGAUACGCAGAAAGGUUAGUGAGAAAAAAAAUUAAAGCCGCGCCAGAACCAAGGUCAUGCUCAAUCGCCAGUUUUUACCUUGACGUAUCCGCUUGCCAGCAUGCUCUUCACGUCGAUCGCGGGAUUCAGGGUGACUUUGACAUUGCAAGAAAAUCCUCUAUCAGCUCUCGUAAAUAUCUCUCUCUCGAUAACACAAUUGCCCUUCACCGAGUCGAGUUUCGUGUUCGCCUUCGCUCCCUCACCCUCCUCCCUCCCUUUAGAUCGCCUGUGUCUUUUGGGUAGGUAGAAUUGUGCAUCGAUCGGUAGCGAGUGAUUGAGAAAAUGAGUUUGGAAUACCAGAAGCCGCUGUGUUUACUGACUCCUUUCCCAUGGGGUGCCGUCACACCAUGUCGGGAUGACAUCCGACAACUCCGUGCCUUGUCACUGCAUCGUGCAACAAACGUGACCUACCAGAGCCACCAUGUGUCACGGUCCAAGAGAGGACAGGUCAUGGGUCAAAGGGGAGGAUUCCGAGGAUGCACCAUCUGGUUCACAGGGCUGAGUGGUGCUGGGAAGACAACAAUAUCAUUUGCCCUGGAAGAGCUCUUGGUAUCAAAGGGACUCCCUGCUUAUGGCCUGGAUGGAGACAAUGUCCGUCAUGGCUUGAACAAGAACCUGGGAUUCUCCCCUGAAGAUCGAGAAGAGAACAUACGACGUGUAGCUGAAGUAGCCAAGCUCUUUGCUGAUUCUGGUGUCAUUGCCCUCUGUUCUUUUGUCUCCCCCUAUGCCAAGGAUCGAGAGAAGGCACGGAAAGUGCAGGAGGAUAUUGGACUUCCAUUCUUUGAGUGCUUCAUUGACACCCCACUUGAGAUUUGUGAACAACGGGACACCAAGGGUCUCUACAAGAAGGCCAGGGCUGGAGAGAUCAAAGGUAGAGAUUAA